AUGGCAGAGAAAGAGGACUGGGAUAAGCUUGUGGAGAGGAAAGGGGUAAGUUGAACACUAAGCGUGAUUGUCAUACCCAUGUUUGUUGUGUCUGUUCUGUGACAGCAUGUAAAUAAUCCUGAUGGAUGGUGUUGGUAUUUUAAAGAGGUUUGACUGAUGUUCCCUGACAGAGACUAACAGUGGUCUUGGCUUUGGCAACGCUCAUAUCUGCAUUUGGUUCGUCAUUCCAGUAUGGUUAUAAUGUGGCUGUGAUCAACUCUCCAUCACCGGUAACCAAAGCAUGGAAAAUAAAGCUUUACUGAAACAUGCAUCUAUACUGUACUGUGUCUCUUAAUGUAUUUCCAUGUCUUGUAGUUCAUGCAGCAGUUUUAUAACACCACCUACCUGGAGCGCUAUGGCACACCAAUGGAAACAAACUUCCUCACUCUGCUGUGGUCCCUGUCUGUGUCCAUGUACCCACUGGGAGGUUUCUUCGGCUCUCUGAUGGUGGCCCCUUUAGUCAACAAACUAGGGAGGUAAGGCUGCAAGUGUUUCGCCCAUCUAAGAGAGAAUGUUCCACAUUUUGUUUGUCUAAAACGUUUUCAAAUGCAGGAAAGGCACACUCCUCUUCAACAACAUCUUCUCCAUCGUCCCUGCUGUGAUGAUGGGGGUCAGCGAGAUCGCCAAGUCGUACGAGAUCAUCAUUGUGGCGAGAUUUAUCGUGGGCAUCUGUGCAGGUCAGAUUUAUUUGAGUGAUAAAAACUUGAAGAGUCUUCCUGAUGUCCUGAUGUGUCUGUCUCUGUAACGCUGAGUUAGACACGCCCUCGAGAGAGGAAUGUUGCUGACUGCUUGCUUCUCUAGUUUUACCAACAACAGCAACGACCGCACCAUAGCAAUACACAGUAGUCUAUGACUCCACGCACAAACCUCAACCAAAUAGCCACAAAUAAUGCUCAGAACAGCACCUAACUUUAUCAACAGUACAUUUAGGGUCCCAGCCAUAGCACUAGCCAUCAAACAUCAAACGUUUCUAUAGCAAAGAGACAAAACACAAUUCACAUACUGUCUUCCAGCAGCCUCUUGUUUGUGGGGGAGCCCUGACGAGUCGAUCACCGAGUGCAGCCGAGAUUUGCAGCUCAAGGAAGAACAUUUAUGAUUACUUCAUGGGAAUGCAAUCAGACCGAGACGCUAAGGCAACUGCUGCGUCUGCAGUGCAAAAUGUAUAUUAUGAUGAUUAUUACUUCAAGGAAAUGAUCCGCUACACUCGGUGAUCGACUCGUCAGGGCUCCCUUUAAAAAAGUGGCUGCUGGAGGAGAGUAGGUGAGUUGCGUUUAGUCCCUUUGCUAAAGAAAUCAGGCAAAGCUAAAAAGAUGUUUGACGGCUAGUACUAUGGCUGGGACCCAAUAUGUACUGUUGAUGAAGUUAGGUGCUGUUCUGAGCAUUAUUUGUGGCUAUAGAGUGGCUUUUUGGUUGAGGUUUGUGCGUGGAGAUGUAGACCGCUGUGUAUUGAUAUUGUGCAGUUGUUGCUGAAGUUGGUAUAACUAGAGAAGCAAGCAGUCGGCAAUAUUCAUCUCUUGAUGGGGUGUCUAACUCAGUGUUACAGUGUGUUUGACCCAAACUUAAAUUUACGCCAGAUUAUCCCUUUAAGAUCUUUCUGUUUGCAGGUCUCUCAUCUAAUGUUGUGCCUAUGUACCUGGGAGAACUUGCCCCCAAGAACCUGAGGGGGGCCCUCGGCAUUGUACCACAGCUCUUCAUCACCAUCGGCAUCCUCUGUGCACAAGUGCUGGGCAUCAGGAACAUUCUGGGCAACAGUACAGGUUGGUGUUAGGCUGGUCUCCAACAGAUGAAUUUUUUAGAUCAGUGUAUUAGUAAAGGAGAUGUCCCUGUUCCCUCUGUGUCCAGGUUGGCCCCUCAUGCUGGGUUUGACUGGCAUUCCUGCUGUGAUAGAGCUCGUGCUGCUGCCCUUCUUCCCUGAGAGUCCCAGAUACAUGCUCAUCCAAAAAGGAGAUGAAAAGACGGCAAAGAAAGGUAUGAAAACACAAAGACUGACUAACAAUGUUGGCGAAAAGGCAAGACCUCACAACUGGUUUGAGGAUUUCUUUGUGCGACUCUCUAUCCCUUUGUGGUUCAUGUAAGAAACAAGAGGCAGAUGGCUGCCCACCAUCAUGGCUCUGCUCAAGAGGUCUGCCUGGCCAAGAGCAUCCUCAUUGGCCAAAGAUGCAAUGUGCCUGCUCAUUAACAGGGUCUAGACCUGCUCUUUUAAGGUUCCUACUGUAACCUCAGUUGUAAUCUGGUGCUAUACAGAAUAAAAUGACUAAUUGAUCCUGAGGAAUACGACUGUACUCACUGUGUAUUUUCACCCUCAGCACUACAGCGGCUGCGAGGCUGGGACGAUGUGGAUUCAGAGCUAUCAGAGAUGCGUCUGGAGGACCAGUCGGAGAAAGCAGAGGGCCACCUGUCGGUGCUCAGCCUGCUGUCCCUGCGCUCCCUCCGCUGGCAGCUGUUCUCCAUCAUCAUCAUGAACAUGGGCCAGCAGCUGUCAGGGGUCAACGCGGUGAGGCGUGCCUGUCGUGCCAGUUGUACUUGUCCUUGUCUGUGACCCACUACUGCACAGACUGACUAUUUUAGACUAAUGCCGCAUCAGAGCGCUUAGUUUAAUCAACAACUGGUUUAGCUAAAAUAGACUUUGAAUCAUAUGGAUAAAGGAUCAGGACAGAAAAUAGAAUCUGUUUUCACUCCCACUGUUGUUCUAAUAAAUCUCCAACUCUUUCCCUCCACAGAUCUACUACUACGCAGACAGUAUCUAUGCCUCUGCAGGAGUCAAACAGAAUGAUAUCCAGUUUGUCACUGUGGGCACAGGUGCAGUGAAUGUCUUCAUGACUAUAGCAGCUGUGAGUACCUCUUCAGGUUAAAGCAGCUAAUAAUUCAACCCUUGACUGGAGGAGCUGGAGUCAGCAGUGCAUUGUUUGAUCAUAGUCAAGACAGGAGGAGUAAAUGUUUCUGAUCUGUUUGGGUUUGUAACACACAGGUUUUCAUCGUGGAGGCCUCGGGACGAAAGCUGCUCCUCCUCAUUGGGUUUGGGAUCUGCUGUGUAGCGUGUGUGCUGCUCACUAUUGCUCUCAACUUCCAGGUAUCACGUGAAAGCUUCAGACUAACACUUACCAUCUGUAUGCUGCUCUGCUGCCCUCUAGUGGUGUACUGUAGUAAGACACAACAUACUGAAAUACAGAUUCCUGAGGUCAGGUAAUUUGAAGGAUUGUUCUCUCCAAAAUGAAUAGGGUCAUGUUAAUAUUUAUUUAAAUUUAUACACAAACAACAUGGAGUACAUAAGUUAAGAUGAGGACAGAUAAACUUUGAUGCACCAGUUCAGUUUCAUCCUCAGUUCCAUAAGAGUUCGGACACUGUGUAAAAACGUUUAUACAAACAGAUUUUGAUGGUUUUCAAAUCAUUAAACAUUUAUUUGGUUGAAAGUAAUGCAAAAAUGACAUGUUGAGUUUUGAUGCUAAACUCUUUGUUUAAUAGAAAUCAAUUUUAAGAAAGCAAAACAAUAUAACUGCUCAUUUUAAAUUUAAGUCCACAACAUGUUUCACAAAAGUUAAGACAUGGGUAUAUCAACUAUUGUGUUACUUCUUUAGGUGCCAUUAGCACUCUUGCAUACUCAUGCCAUCACUGAUGCUGGUUCCUGUAGCAUGCACUAAAAAAAACAGGUGGUAACACUCCUCCCAGAGUGAAGAAUGUGGCAUCCAUAAUUCUGUGAGGACUGUCAAGUAUCUAUUCGACCACUCGGCAUUUUUCCUCUUUACUUCAAAGGGCUCAGAGAGGUCAAAGACACCUCUGGAUUAUGUUUAAAUAUAUAUCCAGCUUUGCGCAAAACAGCUUUAACAUAAAGUUGCAUAAGUAGGGACAAACUGUUCCAAAGACAGUGUUUUUGGAGUGGUUUUGAGUCCUCGCAGAGAUUUUUACUUCAGUGUCAAGUCUCUUUUUGAUGAAGUGUCAUCUAACAGGGGUCUUGGAUCACAGCCAUCCUGUAUUUGAUUUGGUCCAUGUCCCCUUUGUACAGAGGUUUUUUUUUAAUUCUCUGAAUCUUCUGAUGAUUGUAUGUAUGGUAGUAGUAGUAACAACAGGAGCCCUGGGGGAGCAGCGAAGAAAGUUACGGAGAAAAUCUCAUUUUGUUUUUGUAAAUCUUACACAACCAGAAAUGCGAUUAACCAAUUCUCGGCACAACCCUAGGUUUAAAUGUUCACUUGUUGUGUUGUCACAUUGGAAGCCUACUUUCUGCUGCACUUCAGCCCAACAACCCUGUAUGCCUGUUAGUGAGGAUGAGCGAUAAGUAAAGGAGAUGAAAAAUUAAAGAAAACACUCUUUUAAUCAAAACCACAAAAUGCUGAACUCUCCCCUAAACUUCAGUUAGUGGCAGACUGGUCCCAAAAAUACAGCAUAAAACUUUUAAAAGCUUUCAAAGCUGAGAGCAAGUCUUGGCAGGAAUUAAGAAGCAUAGUCAUCGCAGUGCAGCACAUAUCUGUGCUCCCUCAGGAUGAGGAACUGAUUGAACAGGGUUGGAUGAGCACUGAUUGCAGGCAGCUGCAAAGGCCCUGAUCACAUAAUGAAGGCAGGCACAGAGAGCUGCAGUGGAUCUAAUGGAAAGCUCAGGGGUUAGGAAUAAGCAACUGUUUACCGAUGCUGCAUAAAUGGUGUUUUUUAACCUUUUGACCAUAAAAUCAUUUUAAUAACAAGUUGCUUUGCAUUAGAAGCUAGGAAAGACAGAUGGCAUGACAAGACAAUGAGGAUGCAUUACUGACUAGACGUGAAAGGCCCAUCAUUGUAGAGCACCAUUCAGACUUCUUUGGCUAUUUGAAAACACUAAUUUGAUCUGAAUACAGAUAUUUUUGUUUUUAUGCCAUCUAAAAUACUGUGCUUGAUGGAGUCAACCUCAGUCUUUUAGCCUUGCUUUUAAUAACACUGAGUAACAGUCUGCUGCUAAUGAGUAGGACACAUAUUUUUUUGUUUUUCACACAGUUCUGUAUCAUUAAGCUCAAAGACAGAUUUAUCAGAGCAAACAUUUUCCCUUAGAAACACUGUUUAUAAGAUUGAAACAACAAUUAUUAUGGAGCCAAAAACAGACAAUUAGAGUUUAUUCUGAUGACUUGACAACUCUAUUUGCUGGGGUCAUGAGAAUUUGGAGACAUGACCACAGGGUUACCCACCCAUAAACAACACUGACCAUUAGACAGAACCACAAACCACAUACAUGUAACCCAACCCUAUGAGCUCACCUGUAUUGAAAAACCUGCAGACAAGCACCAAUAAGUCUGUGAUUUAGGAGAUCCACUAUAGAGAAUCAGGAAUAACCAGCUGACGAUUAAUCAUUCACAUUUAAAGAAGGUUCUGCUGCAUGUUUGUUCUUCUUGAAAGGAUCAAUACGUCUAGUUAAUGAUCACAGAGGUGUUUAUUUGUGUCAACAGGAGAGCGUGACGUGGAUGCCCUAUGUCAGCAUUGCCUGUGUCAUCACCUAUGUUAUAGGACAUGCCAUAGGACCCAGUGAGUACGAUCCCACCAGUGGUUAUAAACACACACACUCACACAUACCACAGGGUGCUCCAUUAGCUCACAUGUUGUUUGGAAAAAGCAGACAUGUAAUGAUAUAUGUUGUAAACCUGCACUCAGCUCUUUGACACAUGUGCCCUCUCAGACUGAUGAUGUGUCUCCAGUGUUUGGGUUGUUGAUAACAUCGUUUCUGUUUUCCAGGUCCCAUUCCUUAUGUGGUGACCACUGAGAUGUUCAGGCAGUCGGCCCGGCCCGCCGCCUUCAUGGUCGCAGGCUCUGUUCACUGGCUCUCCAACUUUACUGUCGGCCUUGUUUUCCCCUUUUUAGAGGUCAGUUACAUAACUUCUAAGAGGGCUGACUUUGGGGGAUUAAAGACUUCCUUUCAUACUGUCAUAGAUACAGAUGUUUUUCAUGUCAUAUCCCCACUGCGGUAUGGUAAUUUCAUUUUAUUUGAAAAAGUUUUCUUCACUUUCUCCUGACUCGGUUACGAAUUUCAGACAUUUUGUCCUGUAUAUGCACAAGUCAUGUUUUUCUUGAAGAGAUUCCUUAUCUUGCUUUGUUUGAAUAAAUACAUAUAUAAUAAAUACAGACUUAUCAAAAGUACAUUUACCGAUAAUGUUUAGGUACCAAGUGAACAAAUCACAUAUUGAGAAUCUUUGUAGAGGACAGGGACAAAGACAGACAAGACCGGUAGUUUUGGACAUUAAAAAUCACUGUACAGUGAAACAGGCGGUUUAUCAUGAAGAUUGACUUGUUUGGUCUUGGCCAGAGAUUUCUCUGCCUCAUCACCUCUGUAAAAACUGAUACUGCAGGUGCUGAUGGCCUAACAGUCUACGCACCUCGUCAUUUAGAAGUUAUAGACCUCAGUGCAGCGGUCACUGGUGUGAUGUCCAGCCAUGACAUGAUUUCCCCUCUCUCUCUGCCUUCCAUGUUUCCUGUGUCUGAUGAGCUGUGUGUACCAGUGUAUUGGGCAAACUAAAGGAAAACUGAUUCUGUAACAGUUAUAUUAAGUUUGAAUUAAGAACUUACUCAUAAACACACUUGAAAUUUAAUGUACUCAAUAAUAGUCCUUUCAAAACCCAUGAUUUUAGCAGUGUUAUCUUUGUUAAAAUACCACAAAAAUGAGAUUUACCUGAAAGUACUGCAGUCCUAAUCACUGAAUGGUUUCAGGCUUUUUAAAUACCUGAUAUUUUACUAUGAAGUAGGGGCAUAUGUGCAGACUUUAACACUAAAAACACCAGAAAACCUUUGGAUAUUUGUGUGGGGCUCAGUUUAACUUACAGUUCAACUAAAGUUUCUUAAUGAAAGCUUCAGAUGUUGUGACAAAACUUUAGAGUUUUAAAAAUGACCACAGACCAGUAAGCAACUUAUCCAAGUGGGAAAGUUGAAACCCAAAGAAACUUUAACAGUUCAUAAUGAACAAGUUUGCGAGAUUAUCAUUAAAAGCUAUUUUACAUUUUUCGGGGAUAACCCAUCAUACAUAUUUUUGUUCUAACAGAGUAUCUUCUUUGAUAAUCUUAAACUCCCAACUCCCUCUUUUAACCUCAAACCAAAAAGCAACCAAACAUGGCAUAUGCUUAACGAACAUAAACUUUCCAACAUAAAAGUCUUCAAAUUCUUUUUCACCUCAACUUAAAAAAAUGUUUUUGUCCAACUUUGAGUUUCUAGCAGACAUGUUUAUGUUGUUUCAUGCCGAUUGUCUCUCUGAUCAUAUUCCCUUUCCUCCUCACAGAGCGGCCUCGGGCCCUUCAGUUUUAUCAUUUUUUCUGUCAUCUGUCUGGCCACACUGAUCUACAUCUUCCUGGUGGUCCCUGAAACCAAGAGCAAGACCUUCCUGGAGAUCUGCCAGAUGUUCGCCAAGAGGAACAAAGUGGAGAUCAAACUGGGGGACGGGGAUCUGCCACUGAAAGAGAGUAAAGAAAAGCUGGAGGAUGCGGUGAAGAUCACAGCCUUCUGA